GGCGGAGAUGGCUUUAUUUAAGGCCGCCACGUGUCCAGAAAGUGUCCAGAACAGAAAGCACCAAAGGCAGCUCUCACUGUCCCAAAUCCAGCAGGAGCCGUGAGCGCUUUCAUCUUCUGAGUCACUGUGGAUGGCACUGCAGGCCCUGCUGGAGCUCCAGUCAUCUAACCAGAGCCAGGGCACCCCUCCCAACACCACAUCCUGUGCUGGUGUUCCCGAAGCCUGGGAAGCGCUGCACAGAGUGUUGCCAACAGUCAUCAUCACCAUCUGCAUCUUCGGCCUCCUGGGAAACAUCUUGGUCCUGUCGCUCCUCUUGCUGCCCCGGCAAAGGCUGAAGGUGGCAGAAAUCUACCUGGCUCACCUGGCGGCCUCUGACCUCAUGUUUGUCUUGGGCCUGCCCUUCUGGGCAGAGAAUAUCUGGAACAGAUUCAACUGGCCCUUUGGGGCUCCACUCUGCAGAGUGGUCAACGGGGUCAUCAAGGCCCAUCUGUUCAUCAGCAUCUUUCUGGUGGUGGCCAUCAGCCAAGACCGGUACAGGGUGCUGGUGCACCCCAUGGCCAGCUGGGGGCGCCGGAGGCGGUGGCAGGCCCAGGCCACCUGCUUGCUCAUCUGGGUGGCAGGGGGCCUCUUGAGUACCCCCACAUUCCUGCUGCGAUCGAUCAAAGCCAUCCCCGAUCUGAAUGUCUCCGCCUGCGUCCUGCUGUUCCCCCACGAGGCCUGGCACUUCGUGAGAAUGGUGGAGUUAAAUGUUCUGGGGUUCCUCCUCCCACUGGCUGCCAUCUUCUUCUUCAACUACCACAUCCUGGCCUCCCUGCGAAGGCGGGAAGAGGUGAGCAGGAGCUGGUGUGGAGGCCCCAAGGGCGGCAGGACCACGGCGCUGAUCUUCACACUUGUGGCUGCCUUCCUGGUGUGCUGGGCCCCCUACCACUUCUUCGCCUUCCUGGAGUUCCUGUUCCACGUGCAGGCCAUCCAAGGCUGCUGCUGGGAGGAGAUCACCGACCUGGGCCUGCAGCUGGCCAACUUCUUUGCUUUCACCAACAGCUGCCUAAACCCAGUGAUUUAUGUCUUUGUGGGACACCUCUUCAGAGCCAAGGUCUGGGAGCUCUAUAAGCAAUGCACCCCUAGAAGUCUUGUGCCAAUGUCCUCGUCCCACAGGAAAAAAGUCCUCCAACUCUUCUGGAGGAGUUAAAAUAGCAAUGAGCCAGGAAGCUUGGCUUCUUUGUUGCUUCGUUCUGACAUCAUAAAGACCACUGUGGGAAGCUGAAUAACAGCCACAGAAGAUACCCAGGACCUGGUCCUGGAGAUUGUGAAUGUACUUUAUGGGGCAAUGAGGACUUUACUGACUUCCAAAUGUGGAGGUGAUCCUGAGUUAUCUGGGGUCCAAUUAUCACAAAGAUGCUUAUAAGAAGGCAGCAGGAGGGACAGAGUCAGAGAUAGGAGGACAGAGGCACAGGUCAGUGAUACUAGAAAGUGGCUAAGAAUCACGGAUUUCAGGCGCCCUCUAGUGGCUGCAAAAGGCAAGAUCCCUGAACCUCCCUGGAGUUUAGAGGAACAACCAGCCCUGCUGACACCCUCACUUCAGCCCCGAUCUCCA